AUGUCAGUGCGCCGUCGGUCAGCAAGCAUGGAAGGGCUGCUCACGCUUGAUGACAGGAAAGAACGGAGAUCAGAUGUGGACAACUCAGAGGACGAGCGAAGGCGGCUAUCUAUCGGGUCACUGAAGAAAAAGGCACUGAAUGCAUCAAACAAGCUCACACAUUCACUCAAGAAGAGGGGAAAAAGAAAGGUGGAGCAUCGGCCAUCAUCCUUCACAAUCGAAGAUGUCAGGGAUGAGCAAGAGGAGCGAGCCGUCUUUACCUUCCAGCAAGAACUUCUGAACAGGAGCUUGCUGCCUGACAAGCAUAAUGAUUAUCAUUUGUUGCUGAGGUUUUUGAAGGCUAGAAAAUUUGACACUGAGAAAGCGAUCCAUAUGUGGGCUGAGAUGCUCCAGUGGAGGAAAGAGUUUGGAGCAGAUACAAUACUAGAGGACUUCAGUUUUGAAGAGCUAGAUGAUGUGCUAUGCUAUUAUCCUCAGGGCUACCAUGGAGUUGACAGGCAGGGAAGACCAGUAUACAUUGAGAGAUUAGGGAAAGUGGAACCAAAUAAAUUGAUGCACAUUACUACGGUUGAUCGCUACAUGAAGUAUCAUGUGCAAGAGUUUGAGAGAGCCUUCAGGGACAGGUUUCCUGCAUGCUCUAUUGCAGCAAAAAGACAUAUCGAUUCUACAACUACUAUACUAGAUGUCGAUGGUGUGGGUCUCAAGAACUUCAGCAAAACAGCAAGAGAUAUGUUAAGUAGAAUGCAGAAGAUUGACAGUGACUAUUAUCCAGAGACGCUGCAUCAGAUGUUUGUUGUGAAUGCUGGUAGCGGUUUCAAGCUACUAUGGAAUUCUGUGAAAGGCUUUCUUGACCCUAAAACUGCUUCGAAGAUACAUGUUUUGGGAACAAAGUUUCAGAACAAACUUCUGGAAGUAAUAGAUGCAAGCCAACUUCCUGAAUUUUUGGGGGGGACAUGCACUUGUGCUGCUGUGGGAGGAUGCCUGAGGUCUAACAAAGGUCCAUGGAAUGAUCCAGAUAUUAUUAAGCUUGCACAUAACAAGGAAGCAAAAUUUACAAGACAUACCAGACGUUUAUCCGAGAUUGAGCAAAGGAGGAGUUCAUUUGCUAGGUUACAUCUUUUGAAGGGUAGAAACAGUGACACGUCAACUGUGGAGUCAGGGUCUGAAAUUGAUGAUCUUGGUUCUCCGAUGAUGAGAAGCACAUUGGGGUGUAGUCGAUUGGCCCCAGUUCGUGAAGAGAUGCAGAUGAGAGCUCAAGACUCUGCAGCUUAUUACAGCUGUGACGAUCACUUUGUUGUGGUGGACAAAACGGUUGACUAUGGUCGAAGAGGAUCAAUGUCAGAUAAAACCAGUGCUUCAGAAGUAAAAACUCAAGUUCGGCCACUGGAUGCUAGCACAGCAGCACACAUGGCUGGUCCCUCAAGUAACAGACGAGGUACAGUAGUACCUAAAGGGGUUUCAGAUGAAGGAGCAUUCCAUCGCUUUGUCAGGCUACUUCUGGCUUUUAUUGUCAAAGUCUUCGCCUUCUUUCACAUAGUAUAUAGUCAGCAGGAGACGAGGGCCAACGACCCACUACCUCUGGCCGAACCAGAACCGAUUUCUGACGAUCAUCCAGCAGUAGAGACUUUCAAUGUAGACCACAUCAGUCCAGUCAUAGAGCGCCUUCAGAGACUUGAAGGGAAGGUCUAUGAGCUUGGCAGCAAGCCCCCAGCGAUUCCUAUGGAGAAAGAUCGAUCCCUCUUGGAUUCAUGGAAUAGGAUAAAAUGUAUUGAAUCUGACCUGGAGCGAACAAAGAAGGUGCUGCAAGCCACGGUGAUGAAGCAAAUGGAAAUCGCUGAGUCGCUAGAGGAAGUGAUUAGAUCAAACCUACGUAUGAUGUUAGGAUGGAUGGCAAGGGCUAGAAAAAUAGAAGAGAUAGAAAUGUGGAAAGUAGGUGGUACAGAUAUGAGGCACAGUGUGCCUGAACAAGUACGCAUAUGGAAGGAACGUGUCAGGGUGACUCAAUCUGCAGACGUGGAGAAGCGCGGGAACGAUGAAGCGGAGCGCGCGAAGGGGCGUUAUCAGGAUGGGCUCGCAAGCAAUCGUAGGCCCAGGUCCAGGAAGCCUAACGCCACUGUAUUUGGGCCGGAAUGGAUUCAUUGCGUGCUAAGAUCCGCUUGCGUGCGGCUACUUAAGGCCUAG